ACAAAAGAAUCUGGUGAAUUCACUUCCUGAAAGUGCCUGAUUGAUAUACUUAUAAAUAAAUUGAGGAAAACGAUUCCACAAGAAACCCCAGUAAAAGAUAAAUUAGAUCGUAAAUCGUAAAACCUAAAAAAGAUUGCAAUUUUCCAGCUUAAAUUCAUGGAUGUCAAGAGCAGCUUACUCGUCGACGAUAUUCAGCGAACUCAGUAUCCUUAUGUGACUGGAACAUCUGUUAUUGGAAUCAAGUAUAAGGAUGGAAUUCUCAUCGCUGCUGAUAUGGGAGGUUCCUACGGAUCCACUCUGCGUUACAAAAGUGUGGAGAGAUUGAAGGCUAUUGGGAAGCACUCUCUUCUUGGCGCUAGUGGAGAGGUUAGCGACUUCCAGGAGCUGUUGCGAACCCUAGAUGAUCUCAUUCUCUAUGAUAACAUGUGGGAUGAUGGAAAUUCCCUUGGUCCUAAGGAGGUGCACAGCUAUCUGACUCGUGUAAUGUAUAAUAGACGUAACAAGUUCAAUCCACUGUGGAACUCUGUUGUCCUUGGAGGUGUUAAAAAUGGGCAAAAGUACCUUGGAACUGUUAACAUGAUUGGUGUGCACUAUCAAGAUAACCAUGUUGCUACAGGAUUUGGAAAUCAUCUUGCUAUUCCAAUUCUCCGAGACGAAUGGAAGGAAGACUUGAGUUUUGAAGAUGGUGUUAGGCUACUGGAGAAGUGCAUGCGUGUCCUCAUAUAUCGUGAUCGUUCUGCUAUCAACAAGCUUCAGAUUGCAAAAAUCACUGAAGAUGGUGUGACAAUCUCCCCACCCUACUCGCUGAAGACUUACUGGGAAUUCUCCGCAUUUAAGAAUCCUUCUGCUGGUGCUCAGGGUUCAUGGUAGACUACUUGGUAGUAAAAACUCCGAUGCUGGGCAUAACCUCUACUUACGUUUGUAUUUUCCGCUUCUUGCAAGCUUUGAACUAGAUUUUGUCAAUUAUGUUUAGCCCCUUGUGCAAACCCUAACUUCAUAUUGUUCUUUAGCUAUUGAAGUAACCUGUGAUUUUCUAUCAUCUUAUAUCCUUAAAACCAGGCGCGCUUCAGAACUGGUUCUGCGCUGCCUGUAAUCAAGUGAGAUCAUUGGUUGCUUAACGUCA